CCGUGGCUUCAACACACCACAGUGCAGACAUGCCGCGAUACGGGAACAACCCCACAGGGUUGGCAAUAAAACGCCACAACAUAAGGAUAUGGUGUCAUGAGUGUGACAUGGGCCGAUUGCAGCGGGUAGUGUGGGAGGGGCACGGCACGCGGCUGCUCUCUGAAGUGUCCAGCCAGCCGGUUGUCAAGCGGUUCCUGGAAGCCGUGCCUUAUAUCAUGAACACAAUCCGAGAUGUACACAACGCUGUUAUACAGAACGAUCUGGAGGGUCUGAUGAGGCUCACGGCCGAUCCUAUACCCUCACAAGUGUUUUCUAGUCGAGAUGUUAACGGAAUGACUCCUCUACAUAAGGCAGCCGGAUUAGGACAUAAUGGUAUAGUGAAAUACAUAAUUGAGAAAUAUCCUCAAGGAAUACACGACGUUGAUCAUGAUGGACGGACCCCCCUGCAUUACGCCGCAAUUAUAAGGGACGAGCAGCACACAUACAAUACGCUUGUCGGUCUCGGCGCUGAUGAAAGUGUUGUUGAUAAUAAAAAUAAAACACCCGGCUAUUACAUAAAUAGACCGCAAGAAAUUGAUAAAAACACAUUAAAAGUCUUGCCUGAUGCCCCUCGAACACCUUCAAGUGCAUAUCCAACGUCUUGGGAUUGGAAAAUUUUAGAUAUCGAACAUUUAGCUGAUUUCAAUAAAAAGCCCAGAAAGAAGAAUUUGAAAGCAUCAAAUGAAAACAUAUCUUCAAAAAAUAAUACUACCACGUUAUCAGAAACUGUCGAAAGUCAACCAAAUGUUAUGAAAAAUAGUAACACGCACGAUCUCAUAAGUACAUUACCAGAAUUAGAUGACACAGAUAAAAUGGAAAUACAGAAAGAUGAAAACGUUCAAGAUAUAAAAGAUAACGAGGUUUCAGAAGUUAUAGAGGAACAAAACUCAAAAGAAAAUACCAACGAAAUUACCAAUGAACAGGAAGAAGUCAGUCACAACACUAUAGCGAACGGUACUGAGAACAACCAACUUGAUUCAGUAGAAAUAGGAGAAAACAAAUCAGAUGAAAAAGAAGAUGACGAUGCAAAAACAGAAAACGUAAAUGAUAAAAUAAUACUAAGUAAUGAAGAAAGCACUCAUGAAACUGAAAAGGAGGAACCAUCUGAUGUAAACAAUUUACCUGAACAUGAAACUGUAACAAAUUCGCAGACAGAAGACAGUAAAAAUAAACAUAAUGAUGAAGAACAAGAACAGCAACAUGAAAAUGAACGUCAAGAAACAAUUGACGACAAACGUGAAGAACAUGUUGAAGAAAUUAGCGACCAUACAAACAUUAUAGAUAAUGAAAGCGCGAAGAACGGGAAUGACACCUGUCAUAAAACUGAACAAGACGUAAAUUCUAAAGACCGGCAAAACAAUAGUACUGAAUCAGAUCCUAAUGUUGCAGAAAAUGUCCAAAAAGAACAAGAAAUAGAUAUUGACAAACAAGUUUCGAAUAGUACGGAUAUGAAGAAUUCUCAAGAUACGCCGAACGGUGAGUUUGUAUCCGAAAAACCAGAAAGCGAGUCAGAUCCUAAAAAUUUUGAUUUAAUAAAAGAAGAGAAGGUAUCAGAUCCCAGAAAAGGACCAGAAGGUAAUAAUAAUUCAAAUAACAACGAAGAUGAUGACGAUGUACAAGUUCAAGAAAAAUCACAUUUAGAAUCACACGAUAUACCUUUAACUGAUACUAUAGAAGUCUCAGACUUAAGGUCAGAAAUAACUAGUGCUAAAGGAAGUAAAAAUCCUGCUUCCUUUAGUGUAACAACAAGUGAUACUAUUUAAAAAAUACUAACAUUACUAAUAAGAUAUUUGAGGGGUCCCUAUUAAGUUAAAUAUUUUUGGUUGUUUUAAUAAUUAAGGAAAGCUGAUCGAGGGCAGAAAUACUCAGGAAAGUCUUAUAGAAGGUCUUAUUAGCAGUGAGCCUGAACAAGAUUCACAAGAUGCUAGUA